ACGUGCUGGUCGAGGCGCGUCUCAUCUCCAAGCUCUCUGUGCUCGAGCUCGAGCGACAGCUGCUGUUGCCCCCAUCGACAUCGCCCAUCGCAUUGACGACGAUACCAUCGCAUCCAUCUACCCACGUCAUGUCGCGUUCCGCCCCACCGCCCACGCCAUCCGAGGUGACGCGCAAGCUGUCCGUGCGCGCGAAGCUACCCCCCAAGGAAGUCCGCAGCACCUGGCCCCGUGUCGGGCACCGAGUCGGACUCGGACUCGAUGUUCUCGCCGGAUGCGCCCAGUGCGUCCGCGAGCGGUGCACUGCUCGGCGCGAGCCCGUCGCCGCACCCACCGUUGUCGUCCAUUGCGGAACGCAGGUCGUCCGCGGGCGAGGAGAGCGAGGAGGACGAGGACGAGGAGGGCGGGUGGCGCGCUGCAGACGUCACCGCGAAAGAGCGCGGGUCGCUCAAUGAGACCGUGCUCAUGAGCGGGUAUCUCUGGAAGAAGGGCGAGCGCAGGAAGACGUGGAAGAAGCGCUGGUUCGUCCUGCGUCCUGCACACCUCGCGUUCUACAAGACCAACGCGGAGUAUAAACUGCUGCGUCUACUCGACCUGACCGACGUGCACUCGUGCACGCCCGUGCUGCUGAAGAAGCAUGCGAAUACUUUUGGGCUCGUCUCGCCCACGCGCACGUUCUACCUCCAGGCGGAGAAUCCUCAGGAAGUGCAGGAAUGGGUAAAAGCUAUCAGCGACGCACGUAUAAAUCUUCUAAGUACUUCAACCGAGAACUCGGGCACCGCUCCCGUUCCGAUCCCUACCACACAUGAGCAGACCAAUGGUCCGUCGAGGGCGACGAACGCCGGAAACACCCACGUACCAGCCGCUUCGAGGCUCUCGCAGUCGCCUCAUGGGCAACACCUCACCUCUUCUGACUCAGAGGACGGGGAACGGCCCGCUCCUGCUGCUGCCACACACGCUUCUGCUGGCCACGAACCACAUCCGGCAAGGCAGUCCGGGACAGCCAAGGACUUGCCCAAGGCGAUUCUAUCCGGAUAUCUGAUGAAAUGCGGUUCGCGAAGACAUAAUUGGCACAAACGCUGGUUCGUGCUCAACGGGGAGAAGCUCAUCUAUUCCCGGAGCCACAUGGACACGAAGACGCACCGCGAAGUGCCUCUUGCGCAGAUCCUGGACGCGCUCGAGUACGACCUGCCGCCACACCGCCACACGCCAAGUAUGGCCGUGCCAGCGAGCACAUCGCCUCCGCAGGGCGGGGUGGGCGCGGACAACGGCGUGGAUGGACGCCACACGUUCAAGGUCGUGACGACCAAGCGGACGUUGCUGCUGUGCGCGCCUAGUGAGGAGGAGGAGAUCAAGUGGCUGAGUGCAGUGCGGGCGCUCAUCGCUCGCCGAUCGGGGCAGGGAGUAGUGCCCGGGGACGGUCCCGCUGUUAACCCAGCGAAGACAGCCGGGGCGCCUGCUGGUGCUCCGAACGCGGAGGUUUAUGGGCAGAACCACGGACACGGUGGCCAUCAGUAUCAUGCACAGGGUGGAAACACACUGCCUGGACAUGGCGCGGCGAGUGGCCACGCAGCGGCGGGAAAGAGACGAGACUCGUUUGCGAGACGACUGAGUCUGAGCGGGGGGAGCAUGUUCGCGAGCGCUGGGGCAGCCCCGCAGCAUGCGCUGCAGGGGCAGGAAGCGGCAUCUGAACGGCAAUCUUGAUGGGCUGGGGCUCGCUCGGACGCAGUGAGUGUAUCUCUGGCGGAGCACAGCUUCUCCGCUUCGAGAGGACGGAUCGGGGACGCUCGCUCGAGGAGGGCGAUACGAUACGAUAUGAUACGAUAUGAUACGACGCGUGGGCAUCGCGACAUUUUGGUUCCGAGAAACUGAGAAGGUGGACUGUAUUGUAGUACUAUGACACGACCUCUAAUGGGAUAGCAGUUACGGGAGGAAUUUGUCGUGGAGCGCAGUGGCUCGGCAUCAGCAACGGUGGGGCGAGUUCUAGCCACGCGCAUUGACAGGAUAUGAAACGAGGCGAUCCUUGUCUUGCUCGAGGGGGACAGGUGUUCCCAGCAGUCGGUGUCCUAUAACUGCUUAGCGGGACACGCGUGGACUGGAGUUCGUCGGAAGGAGGCCGCUCGAAGAUGAUGGACUUAUGCAUAGUGUGGUUGCAAGGAGCGAGGUGUCCGAGUAUCAAUUAC